AUGGACUAUGCCAGGUCCUCCGCGUCUGGCGCGGGAGGGAGGGGAGCAGAGGCGGGCGGGUCGUCCUCGAGGCGUGGGUACGAUGCGGGAAGCGUGAGGGGAGGUCGCAAUACUCGACCACCUCGAAGACGCUCAUACUCCCCGCCACCGCCGUCUAACGACCGCCAUUCGCGCUACGACUCACUCCCGUCUGGCAGCAACGGUCCUCUGCUCCGUCUGCUCGACUCGCCCCUCUCCGACUUUCCGCCGCCCAAACCGUCUCGACGAUCCCCAUCCCCGCCUCUCUAUCCGACACAUGGCCCAUCCAGCGGUCUCCCCCCUCAAAUGACCGGAGGCAGGCGAGACCAAGGCUGGGGAGACAGGAAGCCUCGAAUGAACCGCGAGGCUGGCCCGUCGUCGUCCUCCAAGUACGUCGACGAGUGGGAACCGCCGUAUGAUCGCGAGCCGCUUGACCGCUUUCGUCGAAGAUCGGCCUCGCCAGAUGACCGCGACUCGGACCUUCCCUACCGCUCACGACGCGAACGCGACUACCGCCGUGAUCGCGAGCGCGACCGCGAACGGGAUAGGGACCGCGAACGAGAUCAGUUUCCGCCAGGAUCGUCGAGCCGGAGCAGCGGAGGUCGGUCGAAUGCGCCUUGGGAACCUCCAGUUCCACGAGGGAACGGGUGGGCGGGCUCGCCGACGAAAGGAGGCAGCUCGUCGGGUUUUCAGAUCCCAUAUCGCUCGAGGGGGAACAAGCGGAGUCGGGAGGAUGAUGAGGACGAUUUGCGAGAUCGGGAGAGGGAGUUGGAUGACGAGAGUCUCGAUGGAAGGGACGGCUGGCGGAGUAGACGAUCGAGUCCUGAGCGCGAGAGGGACAGGAUGCGGGACAGAGAUCGGGAUCGGCGGGCAGGCGGGUAUGACAGACCUCCGCCAGUUCGAGGCGGAGACGGGAGACGAGUUGUGAGCGAGUCGCAAGGUUACUCGUACGGUCCGAUGCGCUUCGCUCACGAGCCUCCUCCGCCCGUCCCGCCUGUGCCCGACGCAUACCGCCGCCCCUCCCUCCUCGAUCGCCUCGACCGACCUCUGCCUUCCAGCCCGUACGCAAGGCCGCUUCCCACCCGCUCAACGUCGCCUCCGCCUCAUCGACCGCCCUCCUUCGUCAACGGCGUACCCAUACCCGCCUCUCUUCCCCGCCGACCUAGCCAUCAACCUCCAUCUGCUCCGUCUCGCACCGGCAGUCCCGACAGGCGGAAGGCGAGUCUUCCCUCUUCGACCGCAGAAACGCGAGAACGAGAACGCACGACGACACCUCCUCUUCCGCCUCGCUCGGUUCCGCCGAGCAAGCCUGGCUCGGAUGUCGAGGAAGGCGAGCUGCCGGACGAGGACGGAGAGCUCGAGGAGCUGGAGGGAGAGGUGCAGGAGCCGCGACGAGACAGCAUUGUCGAGAUCGAGCUGGAGAGGCAGGAGCGACAGGCAUCGACACCUCCGCCUCGAGAUCGACCGCCGCCGUCCGAGACGCCUGAGCCUACGCCGGUUCAAGCAGUCGAUGAUUUCGACAUGUUUGCGCCAGCCGAGGUGCUUGAGGAGAUUGCGAAGAAGGAGGCGGAAGAGGCUGUGAGCAGGACGGCGCCAGUCGACCGGACUGCGCAUGAGGAGGGCACGCCGCCGCUGCCCAGCGAACGAGCGGAAUCUGUCUCGCGGACACGAGACGCCGCUCCGGUGGCUUUCGCACACUCACCGCCUCCCGAGCCCGCGCACUCGGCCUCGCCGAAGAUGCAGCUCGAAAAGGAGGAAGGUGAGGUGUCGCCCGUCAAGUCGCGGAUUACCGUUGCGCCCGCUACAGCUGCUCCUCUGCCACAGUCGCCGCCCAAUUCAGCCGCACCUUUCGUCUCACCCUCCUUCGCUCCUGCACCUGCCGACGAGCCCAAACCUUCUCCUUCUGCCGCCCAAAGACCGCUUCCACCUCCUCCUCCACCGUCUUACGUCCCGCUAGCCGCCACUUCUUCUAUUCUCCCCGCCGCCGCUCCUCUCGCAACUCCAGCUGCCGCCUCGUCGCCGGCCAUCCAGUCAGCGACAAUUCUCGCCUCCACGCCGCCUGCACCCAUCGCCAGUGUCCUUUCCCCCAUCAACCGUCCGGCUCGACCAUUGCCGACUUCCGCCUUUUCUCCUCCACCCAAGAAGGCUGAAGAAGCGCCUCUUCCUCCACAGCCGUCGAUUGCUAAACCCGUUCGAUCUGCCGAUGCUGCAUCUCCGCCUGCGUCUACGGUCGCUCCCGUCGUCGCGCCAGAACCUGUCCCUGCGGUUGCUGCGGCUGAGCUUGAGGCCAAGGUGGAGACGGCUGUCGAGCCCGUCACGCCUCCGCAAGCUGCAGCGCCUGUCUCGCAGGAGGCGAAGGACGCUUCGCCAGCUGAGCAGGCGGAACUCGUGACGGUAGGCCUCGGGCUUGCCAAGGACACGAUGGAGGUGGAUGAGGCAGCGAUUGUGCAGGCGGCACAAGCGUCCCCCGCUGGGGUCGCUGUCGGGAAGGCCAUAGACCUCGAGGCGGAAGACGCCGUCAUGCGAGAUGUGGAGGGUACCGACUCGCCGCGCUCGCCCGCAGACGAAGCGAGAUCUUUCCCCAAGCCGCCAUCCCCGCACUUGACAGACGACCAGCACCGUCAUUCUCCCACGACUCCGCCAACCCGCUCGCCCGAAGGUUUCGACUCGGUCCUGCACACCGUCAUCCGCGAGAACGAGGACGAAGCGGCCGAUGCGGAGGCUCUCGUUGAGGCCAAUCGCAAGCGGACGCUUGAGGAACGGCUGCGUCUCACGGGGGGCGUGACCAUUCCGCCACUGACGGACCGCGACGAGCUUUUCGUCAGGACGUGGGAAUCUGUCAUCGAGCCGCACACGCGGUUGUCUGAGGCGCUCUUCACAUACUUCGACACCCGCGAUGAACGACGCAAAGACAAGGCCAUCGCCCUUCGCCAGCAGUACAAGCUUUUCAACGCCGACUGGAAGGCGCACUGUGCACGUCUCGACAAGCUCCGCGAGCGGAUUCACCGCCCGAACAACCACAACAAUGCCGCUUCGACAGCUCCGCAGACGCCCUCGAUCGACUCUUCGGGCAUGCCCUUCUAUCCUGAGCCGACGACGCCUGGUCCUUCGCUGGUCGGCGGGCGCGCCAACCGUCGCUCGGCGGGCGCUGCCGUCGGAGCGUUUGGGUACGGAGAUGCCGUCCGUUCGGAGGCGGAGUUCCUUGAGAUCCUGGCCAGCCUCGAGACGGCCGACCUUCGCGAUCCCGACGUCCGCGCCGCCCGCACGGCAGCCGUCGUUCCCGACAUGGUCAUCGACGACUCGGAGCGACGCGAACUGCUCUCGACCGCGUUCGAGGACGAGCGCUAUCGCGUCAUCGAUCCCGAGGCUACCUUCGGCGUCAACGCACCUCUCGAUGUAUGGACGGAGCAGGAGGUUGAGACGUUCUGCAAGCGGUUCGCUCAGCACCCUAAGCAAUUCGGCAAAAUCGCCCAGGAACUGCCCGACAAGACGACUGCCCAAUGCGUGCUCUUCUACUACCGCAUGAAGCACACAAUCGACUUUCGCAGCCUGUCCGACCGACGGGGACGCGACGGUCGUCGCAAGAAGUCGAAGAAGCGGCCGGAGGGCAAGGGUUCGUUCUUGCUGUCCAACCUCAACAAGAAGGCGCGUUCCGCUGCUCCGCCCAUUGACGAGCGCGACGAGGACGAGGACGAGGUCAGCGCACCGACAUCGCCGAGGAUGAGCCGUUCCGAGCUGCCUACGCCUGUCGAGGACCAAGCGCACGACGAAGGCGACCGCUUCCUCAUGACCCCCCGUGGCCCUCCUGCGGAAGAUGCGGACGGUGAUGCGACCAUGACGCCUGCGCCGAAGAGGCCGGCCAAGCCUCGACAAACGCCGAAAAGAGCUACGCUCGACUUGCCCUCCGAGGGCAUGAUGGAGGCGGCCGAGGUUUUGGGUGCCCUUGCAGGUGGCCCGGGCGAGAGCGAAGGUGGAGAAACCACCACCACCCAAGGCGCCGGCUCGACAGGUCGCAGCGGAGCAGGCCGACCGCGCAAGCUUCGCGUCGACGUCGACUCGCUGCCGACUGAGGAAGUCAUCGGAGACUCGCCCGUAGGUCCUGACGGCGAUGCCGACUUCGGUCCUGGCGACAAGGCCAAGCCGAAGCGCAAGUCGACCACCUCGUCGUACUGGACCGUCGCCGAACGAGCCGAGAUCCUCAAGCUCCUCGCGAUUCAUGGCAAGGACUGGAAGAAGCUCGCAGAGGGACUCGGCAACAAGACCUGGAUCCAGUGUCGCAACUGGUAUCAGAACAACGCCAAGAAGCACAACCUCGCCGACAUCGUCAACAACGGAGGAACCGACGCAGCGGCUGCCCCUGCUCCCGCGAACGUUCGACUCGAGUCUCCGAUGCAGGAGAACAUCGGUCCGCAAGCACGUUCGGCCAUGCCUCGCGCCGGCUUCUUCGAAGACCCGGGUCAGCGUCGUCUUCCGCCUUUGCCAUCUCUCGAGCCGUCGCGACGAGCGGGAUCGUCCGGUCCAAGCGGCAUGCAUCUCAGCAACAUGCUCAACGACGAUGGUCCUGGAGUCAAUGCAGGCUCGCCCGCUCGCCAUGACUGGUUCGGCAACGACGCAGCGGAUGCAUCGAACGCAACGACGGAUGACGGCCUCGACCGCACCCACCGCCCGUCCGCUUUUCAUCGCUUCGACUCGCGGCAUGACGACGCGCGCCCUGCGUCGGUGUCCCAUGCCGUCGAGACCGCUGCACAACCCGAACCUUCCACCCAGCCCGCACAGCAUCGCGCACCGCUUCUGCCCUCCUUCCCGUCCUCGCUCGAUGACCGCCGCUUCGACGCCGCGCGACGCAUCCCCGCCCUCAGCGCGCACUCCUGGACGCCUCACUCGCCAGCCUCAUCUUUCGCCGCCUACUCUGUCUCUCCCGCCGCGUCCGCAUCGCCCAUGACGCCUGCGCUUCCGACGUUCGCGUCCGACGGCCAGCAGCGUCGGACGAGCGCCCCCACCGACUACUUCUCCGUCAAGCUUCCCGAGCGGUAUGCCCGCAGCGCCGAGCCCCUCACCAACGGCAUCUCGCAUCUCUCGCCCUUCCCGACGCAUCGAGUCGGCAGUCCCCUUUCGAACUCUGUCGUCCCCUCUCACCUUUCCUCGCAGUCUGUCCCGCCGCAAUGGGACCCAAGCCGUCGAUAG